UCGCGUAUCCAUCGCAUGGAGCAGGUGCGAUGCAAGUGAAAGAUUUUGACAACACCGCGUGCACACACCGUAUCUACGGUUACAACGGUGUGACCGCAGCGGCCGAUGUGCUAAUUACCGACCCGUGGCUUGAGACCGGCACCUCAUACCAUCAAUUGUACGAUUGGGGUCACAACAAGGGCUCAGACCUGUCGCUGAUGGGUAUCGGCGGCUUCACUGCCAGCAAAGACUUGCACUACGCCACCGAGAAUCCGACCCUAUUCACCACCAACGUGGUCGCUUUUCUUAAGAAAUACGCCCUGGAUGGUUUGGUUAUUGAAUGGUCAGCCAACAAUUGGAACUAUGAAUAUAUGGACGCGUAUGUGACCUUGUUGAAACAUCUGAAGGAGGCUUUUGCCGCUAAUAAGUUUGUGUUGGGCACUGUUGUGGCGGCCAAUAUGCCCGGCUAUGACAUUAAAUCUGUUGCUGAGCAAGUGGACUUGGUUAUUGUCCAAGCAUAUGACUAUCACGGCUCGUGGAAUACUGAAGUUGGUCACGCAUCUGCCCUUGAGGAUCAGAAAAUGACCAUUACCCAGUGGAUUUCUAGUGGCGCACCUGCUGAGAAGUUAAUCGUGACUGUGCCCGCCUACGGUCACACAUGGACCCUUACCGAUUCCACCAAGACCGAUCCUGGCUCACCCGCCAGUGGACCCGGCAAUAAAAGACCGUUUACCGAUACACCAGGCAAAAUUGGUUACAACGAGUUUGCUUUGCUGUUGAAAGACGACCCGACGGGUUGGCACCGGUUCGAUGACGGGGCAGUCGGCGCUGCAUACUAUGUAAAGGGCAACCAAUGGGUGUCCAUUGAGGACGUGAAGACCGUUGAGGCUAAGGGACAAUGGGUUAAAACUGCCGGUUUGGGCGGUAUCGCCGAAAUGGCUGUCAAUAACGACGACUUUAACGCUAUCGCGUCGCCCACCAAAUUUCCCUUGCUCAAAGCUUUUGCUAAGGGCAUGCAG